AUGUCUUAUCCAACGGACUUUGACCAGUACAUACUUCCAGGCCCCCCCGGAACCUUCGACCGGCCGCCUCCACGGACCAAGACGGUGCGCUCCGAGACCCUCGUGACCCUCCCGUUCGACUACCGCCGCUUCACGGAUCACUACACGGAGGGGCCGUCGCGGUCGCAAAAAGUCUCGUCCCGGAUCGACGGCGCCGAAUACUUUGACAAUUACCCGAUCGAGAGCCGAUGGCCACCUCCUGCCACUUCACGCAAAAGCGUCGUCGCGGACCCCGUGACGAAAGGCCCUUUUGAGUCGUACCUUGUCAAGGUGGACAUCCGAGCAAACAUAAACGACUUCAUCAUUCUUCAGGUCCUCUACGAUGAAACGGAUGGGCAGUACGAGAGCGUUAUGCGAGCUGGCCGUGUCGGCACUUUGGGUAUCGAGACAGUCGGCUUUUGCUCGCCCUAUCUGGAACCGGUCAGCGCACAUUAUGCGGUGCAAUUUCGCGAGCACACCGGGCUGGACUGGGUCGACCGGGAAUUUUCUGUUUCGCCAGGAGAAUACAACUUUAUUGAGCUCAACUAUAACGAACGCAAUGUUGUGCCGACUCCAUGGAUCCUCCCUGAUUAUACUAAUGUUGAGUUGUGCUGCGGUCAAACUGAUUGCGACCUGAUGAAGCGCGCUCUCCAUGGAGGGCAAGUCUUUAAGUCUCAGGCUACGAAUGAAGGGGGUGUUAUACCCUACAGCCAUAUUAGUCCGUGGGGCAUCUUCCUGGCGUACUGCUCUCUGGGCUUCAUCGCGGAUGCCCUCAGCGUUCCUUGUGGCGUCAUUAGCUGGUCCUACAUUUUGGAUGCCUCGGAUCGAUACAGGAGCCUGAUGCCGCUGGCGGUGGACCACCAACGUCCUCCUGCUCUGACAACGCUCCAUGCUAUUAGUGUUGAGCUCACAUUUCUCCAGAACCUUUGCUCGUUGCGAAAUUUACCGGAGCUACAGUCAGCCGUCCGUGACGUCUCGAACAGGGCGUUCAAAAAGGAAAUAGAGUGCAGGGGGGAGCAUCUGCCGUAUCACCAAGCUUUGCGCAGUCUCUACCACGAGUUCUUAAUCCUAUCGGACCAUACGACCACUGAGUUCAGAGAGGUGUACAAUUACUACAGGCGAAGCGCAGAGUUGCUCCCUGGUCUCGACGUUGCGCUGAGAGGAGUCUAUAGCGCGACGAUGAAGGUAGGCGUGGAGAACGAGUACGAAGACUGGAUUUCUCACAAAACGUCGCACUCUAUUUCCAAUCCCGAGAACCGGCUGCUUCUAUGGCAUGGGCUAAAGGCUGAUGAGCUUGUCGAGUUUCUCGCGAGGCCGUAUAUGAACCGGAGGAAUUGGUCAGACAUGUCUCGAGCCUUCUACCUCUACGAUUCCGUGGCGGCAGCCUGCGCCGCGAUUUUCCCACCCGGCGGUGAGGGCAUGGAAGGUUGCCACAACGUGACGUUGCUUCUUUACGAAGCAGACGUCGGCAUGCUUCGAUACUGGUCCUGCUUGGGCAUCGAGGAGGAGAAGUCUCGCCCGUUUCCGCAAGCAUCGGUUAGUAGAUGCGUGGAAUCGUUGGGCCGAAUCACACCGAGGAUCUGGAAGUCUGUGAAGUGGCCUAUGCCCGGUGCUCCAUGCCAGUGCGGAAGCUGGGUGCUGAUGUCGAAUGAUUGA